ACAGACAUGGCCACAGGUUGCACGCUGGUGCUCAUGCUGCUGACCACGGUGCUGACCCGCACAGGGGCAGUUCCUGUCCCCACGCCCCUCAGGACCCUCCCAGCUGCAAGGGGCUGCCACAUGUCCCAGUUCAAGUCUCUGUUUCCACAAGAGCUAAAGGCCUUCAGGAGGGCCAAGGAUGCCUUGGAAGAGUCGCUCUUGCUGAAGAACUGGAGCUGUAGCUCCCACCCGUUCCCCAAGGCCCGGGACCUGAGGUGGCUGCAGGUGUGGGAGCGCCCCGUGGCCUUGGAGGCUGAGCUGGCCCUGACGCUGAAGGUGUUGGGGACCGUGGCUAACUCGACCCUGGGGGACACCCUGGACCAGCCUCUCCACACGCUGCGCUACAUCCACUCCAAGCUCCAGGCCUGUGUCCCAGCUCAGGCCACAACAGGCCCCAGGGCCCAGGGCCUCCUCCACCAGUGGCUACACAGGAUUCAUAAGGCCGAGAAGAUGGAGUCUCAGGUCUGCCUCGAAGCCUCUGUCACAUUCAACCUCAUCCGCCUCCUCACCCUGGACCUGAAAUGUGUCGCCAGUGGAGACCUGUGUGUCUGA